AUGGUGAGCGUCAAAGAGGUCGAAUUCAAGUCCUUCACCGACCAGAAGCCUGGUACAUCCGGACUUCGUAAGAAGGUCACCGUCUUCCAACAGCCACACUACAGCGAGUCAUUCAUCACCUCCAUCCUCCUGUCCAUACCCGAAGGUGUUGAUGGCUCUUUCCUCGUCAUUGGUGGUGACGGAAGAUUUUGGAACCCUGAGGUCUGCCAGCUGAUUGCAAAGAUUGGCGCUGCGUACGGCGUCAAGAAGCUGGUCAUCGGCCAGAAUGGUAUUCUCAGCACUCCCGCCGCCAGUCACGUCAUCCGCAUCCGAAAAGCUACUGGUGGCAUCCUGUUGACCGCCAGUCACAACCCGGGAGGUCCCAAAGAAGACUUUGGCAUGAAGUACAACCUCACCAAUGGAGCACCAGCCCCCGAGUCCGUCACGAACAAGAUCUACGAAAAGUCCAAAUCACUUACCUCCUACAAGAUCGCGGACCUACCUGAAGUCGAUCUCGGUACGAUUGGCAGUAAGAAGUAUGGUGAUCUUGAGGUCGAGAUCAUCGACUCCACAGCCGACUACGUCGCUAUGCUUAAAGACAUCUUCGACUUUGACCUCAUCAAAAAGUUCUUCAAAUCCGAGCCCGACUUCAAAGUCCUCUUUGAUGGCAUGUCCGGUGUCACCGGCCCUUAUGGUGUUGCUAUCUUCCAGGAAGAGCUUGGCCUCGGGUCCAACAGUACCCAGAAUUGCCAGCCAAGUCCUGAUUUCAAUGGAGGUCACCCGGACCCCAACCUGACGUACGCACAUGAUUUGGUUGCAAGAGUCGACAAGGAGGGCAUUCACUUUGGCGCUGCUUCAGACGGAGACGGCGACAGAAACAUGAUUUAUGGCAAGAAUGCGUUCGUCUCUCCUGGCGACUCCCUUGCCAUCAUUGCCCACUACGCCCAAAAACACAUUCCCUACUUCAAGAAGCAGGGCGUCUAUGGUCUGGCAAGAUCGUUCCCAACAUCAGCGGCACUGGACCUGGUGGCAAAGAAACAGAAUUUGUCGCUAUACGUGGUACCCACUGGCUGGAAAUUCUUCUGCGCUCUAUUCGACACCAACAAGAUGUCCAUCUGUGGUGAAGAGUCAUUCGGUACCGGCUCGAAUCACAUUCGAGAAAAGGAUGGUGUGUGGGCUGUCACCGCCUGGCUGAACAUCAUCGCUGGUGUAGGCCUCGAGACUGGCAAGUUCCCCUCCAUCGCCGAAAUUCAGAAAGAGUUUUGGGAGGAAUAUGGCCGUGUCUACUUCACCCGAUACGAUUACGAGAAUGUCAGCAGUGACGGUGCUGGCGAAAUGAUCAAGUCUCUGCAGGAGAAGCUCUCAAGCAAGGACACUGUCGGGUCCGAGCUGUCAGGUCGCAAGAUCACCGAAGCCGGUGACUUCUCCUACACCGAUCUCGACGGAUCCGUAUCAAAGAACCAGGGAAUCUACUUCAAAUUCGAUGAUGGCACCAGAGUGGUCGUUCGGCUGUCCGGUACAGGAAGCAGUGGAGCAACUAUCCGUUUGUACGUCGAGAAGCUGGAGGAAGACACGAAUAAGGUUCUCGAAGACACACAGACAUAUCUGAAGGGUGCUGUCGGUCUGGCCGUUGAUUUGCUGCAAUUGCAGAAAUUCAUCGGUCGCACAGAGCCGGAUGUCAAGACAUAA